GCAGUUUGCUGCAGCCUGAUUAUGCGAAGAACAUGGACUUUCAUUAGGGUUUCAUGCGAUUCCAGUAGCAAUUUUUGGCUGUGAUUAAUCUGCGAAGGAAGCGAGGGACACAACGCGUCACUGAUAAUCAUCCUGGGAAUUUCGCAUUCAGCCACAGGCUGCCGAGGUGUGCGCAAGGGCCGCAUUUCUGCAGCCAUUACAGAGCCACUUGCGAGUCACGUUACCUCGAACUGAGCAACUUGACGUAUAUUUUGUGGCGUUUCUCGACGCGUACGUUGGAUUCGCCGCGAGGGGCACGUCGCAGGGUUAUGAAUAAAUGAGGUUUUAGUCGACCUCGGUGGUGGAAAUUGGGGGUCGUCAUGAUGCGUAAGGUUCCGUGGGAGAGCUGGCAGUAUUGGCACCGUGUGCGUCCCUGGUUCUUCUCGAAUUCCUCUGCUCAAGCUGCUCACGCUCUGGAUCGGGCUUUUGGAGUAAUUGAACAAAGCCUGGGUUUACCUAUACAGCCUAUGUACAAGGGGCGUGGACUGCGUGGAUGUUCUACCUUUGGAAUCAAGAAGUCGCAGCAAUCAGAAUUACCGACUUGCAGGGUUAGGCACAUUUUAGAAAGGGGCAUCCACUAUCGGCUUUACCACGUUCUCCAAGGGACCGAAUCUCGAAGGGAUAAUAGGAUUUCGUAUGCGAAUGUGUAUGAUGUGGAUAAUCUCAGGGCCGCUUAUGAAAGACUUCAUCGAACAGUUUCACCGGGCAUAGACGGUAGAGCCCAAACAGAGUUGACUGAACGAGGCCUUGAAAGACUAUCAGAGGAGCUACGAAGGCAUAGAUACGCUCCCAAGCCGGCGCAACGCAUAACCCUCCCGACACCAGAAGGGGGACGGCCUCUUUCCAUCGCCUCUACCAUAGACAAAGUGGUUCAAACAGCUAUGCUUCAGGUUUUAGAGGCUGCUUUUGAGCCUACUUUUCGAGACUCAAGCCAUGGCUUUCGCGUAGGGCGGAAUUGCCACACUUGUCUUAAGGUAUUGCGGUCAUCCUGGAUUGGAAUUUCAUGGCUCGUUCAAAUUGAUUUGCAGAAGAUUUGGACCAAGCUUCAUCACGAAAUUCUUCUUGAGCUCAUGGCUCCCGUUCUCUACUCAAAAUCUAUGGAGGAUUUAAUGCGCAAGCUUCUUAAUGCCGGGUAUGUUGACAUCUACAACCUCACUGAUCGCACUCAGUACAACAUAGAGCUAGUAAUGGGUUCAAUUAUCUCCCCACUGUGUAACAACAUUCUACUCCAUGAGCUGGACUGCUACGUGGAGGAUGAGCUUAUUCCCAUGUUCGGGGCAGGUGCAAUGAGUUCCUCUGAAGACAAAGGAGCGAAGAAGCUGAAGUACCUGCGGUUUGCUGACAAUAUUUUGUUCGGUCUAAAGGGUAGCAAGCAAGAUGGCAUCGCCAUUCGCGAAGCAGUGAAAACCUUCUUGCAACAGAAGCUAAAGUUUGAUAUCAAUGAGUCAACAAGCCCUGUUUUGAAUGCACACACGGACAUGACGAAAUUCUUGGGUGCCUUAAUACAAUAUGGCUGACGGGCUACCAUUGCUGAAUGUUACCGCAUUCAUUUUUGGAUGUCACCUGUCGUUGCUCCAAGAGGACGGUGUGGUCUAAAGGUCAUCCAAGCUUGUUGCUUGAAGCACUACAAGCUCCAUGUGACUAAGAUCAUGCAGAUCCGUGUUUGUUGGAAUUUUCGGAAGUCAAGUCGCGGAUCGCUCACAACACAAGCUUUCGCUGCCUUAGCUUUCAAGUUCUUAUCCCAUGGGAGAUGCCUGAUGUUCUGAACGGCGUCCUCGCACCAGGCUACCUGGUAUAUUCAAUGAUGCGUACAGGAAUAUUCGCAUUGGUUAGAUAUGAGCAGUUCUGGAACGUGGGGACCAGCUAAAUGAAUUGCUAUGGUUGAAAUUGUUGGAUGGCGAACCUCUGAGCACUGAUAACGACCUAAUUUCCCCUUCCAGUGGCGAGUCCAAGCUGCCAAGUAUAGCUUUCUCAACUGCUAGGUUUGAAUCUCUCAUAAAAACUUCGUAUUGGACACAAGGUUGAAGGGAUUUGCCAAACGUAUAGAAUAGUCAUUUUUCCUCGAGAAGAGGUAUCCUAAUCGAUUGGUCCUCUGUAGUAAACACCAUUUGGACAUACUGUUCAUUUGAGGGACAUCGAUAGAGUAGGAUAUUGGUGAUGGCAAGCCUGUUACCUUUAUUUGCUGCUCUUAUUUCAACAGCUUGAGACCCUUCAGCCUUAAAAUGAUGAAGCAAUUAUUUUUUUGUC